UGAAAUGAAACAAAUAUUAUAUUAUGACGCACUCAUAACCAAAACACACUAGUCUGCACUCUUGACCGUGCGUUUCCCGUGAGAAUUUCGUCGUCGACGUGACAUCGCUGAUAGUCUUUUCUUUUCUGAAUUCUAAAUUCAAAAUGAGCCAUCUGUGUUUGUUCAAACUGGCUGGAUGGAGCGCUUAGGUCAGAUUGUGGCGCUGGUUCCGAGUUGAGUUAUUUCUGUACCUCGCAAGUGGUUUAUCUAAGGGUGAACUUUACUCCUUUAAAACUGUCAAUAGAGCAAGCACUAAUCCAUUGUGCGCUCACAGACGACUGAGUUGGGAAGUUGGUAUGCAGAUAACACGCUGCCAGCCUUCAACGCAACUACAAGUGUCAGGGUUGGGAUUUUGAUGUUUGCUGUAAUAAGAUGAACAACUUUUGAGGAAGUUGCUGAUGAUCGAGUUGUUAUGGUGAUUAGUCGUUCUACGGUUCUCAUUUAUUCAUUUUCUCUUUGAAGUGAAUUUACUGACUGCGGCAUCAUUGAAUUCGUCAAAAGAAAGAAACUCGACAGUGAGUUCAGUGAGUGUUAAAUUUCUGCAAAAUGGAGAUUGAUGAUAGGGAGUACGUUGAUGAACUUAUACGCGGAAUGGAAAGCAAGGUUGGUGCGACCAUCCCCGAGUGUCUCUCGCAGCCAAUCUUAGCAGGAUGGUCGUCAUCAUACACGGGUGAGAACGGGUCCAGUACGCCGAUGAAACCCGGUGAGCGACAGUCAGGGGGCGAGCCUGAUUCGGGUGAUGAAGGUCCGAGUAAGAGAGAACUAGAUGCGGCUGGUUUGAUCUCCGCUUUCCAGAAUGUAUCACCGAUCAAGCGGUUCACUGCCAAACGUCAACAAAUGGAGGAUAACUGCCGCAAACUCAGAAGUGACAUGAAUGCAUUGCGAGCCAUGGAUGUUAGCUUGAUGAAACAUUUUCUGGCCAUCUACGAUGCCGUGGAGGAGCUUCGCUGGAUGAUGGAAUCCUACGACAUGAGUGACUCUUGCGAAUCCCUGGCCCUCAGCUCAUCCGUCUACGAAUCCAUGGAACAGAUCCACGAGAAAUGGAUGACAGAGCGCCGCCAGUGGCAGAGUACGUCCAGUCGAGACUUGUCCACGAGCUGGAGGGAAGAUUCAAGAUUCAACCUCCAUCACGUGGGGAGGUUGAACAGCACCGGGAGUCGCAGACAAGAUGGCAGACACCAGAAAUAUCAUGGUCUGAGUUUACAGAACAUCAGCUGGCGAUCGCCUCAGCAAGACAUGAAUCAAAGCUUUCCACAAUUCAGUUCUGGGACUAGUAACUUCGAGAUGCAGCGUCGUUCCAGCGUGGACCAUAUUCCCACUUUAACCACCGCUCAAGAAUCUCCCGAGACCUCGCCCAUGGAGACGAGAAAACGAAGGAGCUCAUCAGGAGGAUUGGAGCUAGAGGUGGGCGUGGUCGAAGUGAACGCGGAGGAGGGAGACCAGGAGAAAGCGGCAGCCGCUGAUUCCAAGACCGCUCCAGUCAAAAAGAAAUUCCUGUUUCAUUCUAGGAGUUCUCCUUCGUUUGAUACACAGUUACAAUGGGUAGAGGUCACGGAUACUGCUAUUAUAUGACUCAAGUAAUGUCGAACAAUCUGCCCAUUAGGCCUGGAUUAAGAUUUUGGGUGAACAAAAAAGAGCUUCCUAAAUUAAAAUGGACAAUAGAAAUGGUUUCACAAUACAAAUAGAGAAAACUACUAACUGGCCAUUAUAUAAUGUAUUGGGGGAGGGGGGUUUCAACACCAAAGCUAGUUUGAAGAAAUUGGUGUUUUGUUAUCAUACUUUUCCCGCAAACUCUGAAAUUUUGAAGAACACCCGAUAGGCCAAAUUGGCCAAAAUGAAUUGUUUAUGCCACUGACGCCUCUCAGCCACUAGCUAUAGGGGAAA